AUGUGGCACCUGCGUAUUGAAUGCUUUACGCACUCAUUUGGUUCCCCGGCCAAGGUUAUUCUGUGCAGCUCGCUGGCCGCCGCAUGUGGCCGCGGCCAUGCGUGGACGCGGGCUGUGCACAUCUGGGCUGAUCUGAAGAAUCGGGGCCAGCGCGUGAACACCGUCCUCUGCAGCACCUGCACCAGUGCCUGUGCGCUGAGCAGUCAGUGGGCGCAGGCUCUGGAGUUGCACAAAGAGUACGAAGAGAUGAGCCUGGAGAUGGACACCGUGGCUUUUGGCGCUGUGCUGAGUGCCUUAGCUGCUGGCGGAAUGUGGGAAGAGGCCUCCAUGCUUCUGGCCACGAUGUCAGCAGCGGCAGUACAGGCAAACCUCAUCACAUACAACGCUGCCAUCAGCGCUUGCGAGGGUGGAUUCCGCUGGGUGGAAGCUCUUCAGCUGCUGGCAAGUCUGCCUCCGGGAGUACAGGCUGAUGUCGUCACCUAUGGCGCCGUGCUCAGCGUGUGUGAGAAGAGCAUGCGGUGGGAGGAGGCGCUGGCAGUGCUGAGGACAGCCAGACAGCGAGAGGUCAACACCAACCUUGUCGCCAUCAGCGCUGCCGUCAGCGCCUGCGAAAAGGGAAGCCAAUGGCAGAAGGCCCUAGGACUCUUGGUCGAGUUCCUCCGCGCGGGGUCAGGUGCUGUGUGCCAUCCACCGGAGCAGGGUGACACAAUCAUCUAUAACGCCGUCAUCAGCUCCUGCUCCAAGUGCGCACGGUGGCAAACAGCCCUCGCUCUUCUGCACGACUUCGAGGAUGCCUCCUCCUCGCCUGCGAAUGCGAAGACGUACAACAGUGCGAUGCUGGCGUGUGUGACUGGUAACGCCUGGCGGGAGACUGUGGCCCUUGCCAGUCAGAUGCGGGAUCAGCAGGUAGACACCGACGUAGUUGCUUGCUGCAUGGUGGUCAGCGCAUUUGUUGCCGGUGAGCAGCCGGCUGAGGCGGUGGCUUGCAUGGAAAUGCUCCAUCACCGAGCUUUUCAGGCCACCCUCAAACCGGCUUUUGCCCCAUGCCCUUGA